UAUCUCUCUUCAACGACACUGCACUCUCUUGCUCGACAGCGACAAUGAUAUCGGCCCCCGUGGGCAUGGCUGGGCUGGGGUCACCCUUCUCCACGCCUAGGGCUCAGCGGUUCGCCUCGUCACUCGACGCUGUAUCCCCCUCACUCUCCACCCCACUGUUCAGACCACGCACCCCGCUUGGACCUUCCCUCCUCAACUCGUCACCAGUCGCUGUAAAGGCCGACCCGCGUGACACACCAGUGUACAUUGCACCCAAGCCCAAGGCAGCCCCAACAGCCAGCAUCAACGACCUCGCAGUAGAAAUCAUUCAGGACAUUCACCUUCUAGCGGGCAACCCCCAUUUCCCGGCCGUCAACCAACAUGUUCACAACUGUCUCACAAGCCCAUCUCCAACAUAUGCCGCUGCCUACAUGCUUCACCUGUAUCGCGACUGUCACACCAGGGACAUUCUCACCAGCGCCUUGCGACACCGUAUCGUCGACAUUGCCGUCGCCGAAGAGAUGAGGCGUCUGUGGAACAAUCGCCGGGGCUAUGUCCCCAGUCACCAGUCGUACCUCGACACCGCCUCGCCACGAACUCGGUCACCGUCCAGGACGCCGACUGUGUCAGUGCCCUCCACACCGGAGAAACAGCCCAAACCUAGCAGACCAGCCCUCUCUGUGCACCGUCUUCCCCGCCGCAUCUUCCGGCACCGUCCAGGCCCACAAGACCCAGCCAUCGCACCCAUAAUCAAGUUCCUGUUCGAGCGCUACGACCCACCUGUCAACAGUGGCCAAGGAUAUGCGCUCCAGCGGUCGGUGUUGAACGCCAACUAUGAGCUAGUCGAGUAUCUCUUGCGUCGCGGUGCCGACACAAUGAUCAAGGACCGGCUAGCCAUCAUUCUGGCCAUUCGCGCCAAGGACUUGCGCAUGAUCAAGCUGCUUGUCGAGCCACUUCCUGGCGCUGGGACGUUCAAGGAGGAGGGUGACAGUCCAACAACAAGUCGCGGCAAGAAGCGCAAGAUUAUCGACCGUGUUAAGAUCGACUCGAAGCUUGUCCGUGAGGCCAUGUCCGCCACCGACCCAUGCGAAGAGAUCAUUCACUACUUUGUGAAUGAGAAGGGAGCCAUGCCCCCACUAAACGAGAUUAUGGCCCUGGGGAGGGAUUAGACCACAACUUUGUACAAGUAGCACUACACUAGCAUUGAGCAUGUUGCCAGACC